AUGGAUUUUAGAUCCAGCGAUCUGCGUAGAGUCUCCGAGGAGGAACGCCCCCAAGAAUUAAACUCCAGCCCAUCCGCAUUAGGCAAGCGGACGACCUACAAUGUCCUAUAUCGCGCGCCUCCCACUGUCAAGAACGUGUUUCCCCUCCACCUUCUCCCGGUUCAACCUGCCUCACCAUCAGCAUCAUCAUCAACCUUGCUCCCCACGCACAUGUCUCGCUCACCCGUUGUUGCCCUGCGCUGCAAGAUCUGCCCUGGGCGUGUGUUCCCGAGCCGCGAGGCGCUCGUGCAGCACUCGCGGGAGUCGCCCGUGCACCCGUUCUGCGGCGACUGCCGCCCGGGCUUCGCGUUUGAAAGCGUGGAGAAGCUGCUGGAGCACAACGCGCAGCACCACCCGACGUUCCUGUGCCGCAAAUGCCACCAGCGGUUUUUCACGCAGUCGUCGCUGGACGACCACUACCGCGGGAAGGCGUCUGCGAUCCACCCGAACUGCGACCGCUGCGGGAAGGGCUUCUUCGACGAGACGAAGCUGCGCGAGCACUUCAAGGAGGCGCAUCCGCGCACGACGUGCUUCUGCGGGGCGACGAUCUUCGACGACGAGAUGCAGCAGCACUACCUGCGCUCGGCAUCGCACCCGAACUGUGUGGUGUGCACCGAGGGCUUCAAGGACGACCUGGCGCGUAACGAGCACGGUCUUGAAAAACACGCCGACUGCAUCUGUGUUCCGUGCCAGCAGCAGUUUAUAUCGGUCGCCGAACUCAACAAGCAUUUCACCGUCUCGUUCAACCACCCGAAGUGCAUGGACCGCCUGCUCGGCUGCAAGCGCGGCUUCCUCAACGAGCACGAGCUGCGCCAGCACCUGCUCGACGAACCCAGCCACUACACGCCCACCAGCUUCAACGCCCGCCUGAUCGACACCCCAAAGCCUCUCCCGAUGCCGAUGCCGAUGCAGAUCCCCGGCGCCCCGCGCAUCGCGCCGUGCGCCCUUCCGGCCCCCAACGCCGACGUCAGCCAUGGUUGGAAGAAUGUCAAGAACCACAUCGUCGCGCCUCGCCCGUGCACGCCGGGGGGUCACUUUGGCGCCGGCGCUGCGGGAACCUGGGGCUACCACCACCCCGCUCCGACCGCCAGUGUUCGCAGCCAGGUGCACACCGCGGCGGGCGGCGCUCCUUACAACAACAACAACAACAACAACGGCACGGGCCCGCGCCCGAGCAACGCCGCACCGCGGUUCAAUCAGCACAGCCGCUCGUCCCUCGACUCGAUCCACGCCUGGAUCGCACCGCCGGGCUCGUCCUCGAGUGGAUCGCCCUCCCUGUCGCCCUCGAGCGCCUGCUCCAGCUCGCGCUCGCAGGUCGUCACUCCCGCUGGGGGCCCGAUGGUGGUGGGCGCAGCCCGGUUCGGCUUCGGCGGCGACUUUCGCGGGCCUCCGGUCGUCGCACAGAAGAACUGAGCUGAGUGUGUGUGUGUGGUCCUGUGCCGGCGGUGUGCGGAUGUCAAUCGCAGUGUAUCAGUCUCUGGAUGCCUUUUCUCCCUCGCCUCUGAAUGCUCUUCCUGAAUUUGCUACCUAAAAUGUUGUCUGGAUGCUAUGUACUACCCUACUCUUACAUGAAUUAGAAACUAUGCUCUUGCUUGACGACAUCGCGUGACGAUGGAUUCCUGAACUAGACAUGCAU